CUUUGCACGAUCAUCCAACGAUGCAAACAAACCGAACUGUGACGUUGAUUUAAAGGGAAGUGCAGGCGAUUAUCUGUUGCCGUCACUGUAAAUGUGUAGAAAGGCAGCACAGAGGUCGUAAGCGUAACGAUAAGGAAGAAAACUGUUGAACUGUUUUGUGGUUGAGUGCAAUUUCCCAGCACUUUCAGUGUCCAUAACUGUUGUGUAUCCCUUGUGGUGUCACCUAUUCGUAAUCUUCUCUUGUCGCUUUGCCGAAGAAAGGCCAUCUUAAUUUCUAUUCUUUUCGAUUUGAUACGCAGUUUCGAAUUUUUAUCUGUUGACUAUAAAAUUUGCACUUAUCAUUGCUGCCAUUCUUUACAACAUAUAAACAUUCUCCUUGACUGCCUUCCGGUUUAGCGGCAUCCGGAUGCAAAAUCCACGCUCCGCAGGGAAGUCGCCUCUUCCAGCGAUUUCGUGCCGCAAAGCCUUUUAAUGUUCAACAAAACCGAGAUGAACUGCGAGCCUAAGUGAACGUGUUCUUCAUCUUCUUUUGGCUGUCCAGCAACUGAUAACCGGGGCACAGCAGAGCUUCAGUUUAAAACAAUCCGACGCUUCGAAAGGUUUUGUAUACUGAGAAAAAAAAGCCUACACAUCAUUUUCCAUAUUAUUUUUUUAUCGAUUAGCAUACAUUUCAAAAAAUGAAAUUAAAAAAGAAUGGAUUUAACGAUGUUCACAGAAGCGCCCGAAAUCGUGAAACGGAACAAGCGCGUUUACCUUAUAAAACCGUUAGCUUUGCCAAGAUUUAUAAAUCACUAUUUUUUCGGUACUUUCUAUCAUAAACAAGCGUGCCAUUAGAUUACAUAAUUGCACAGUCAGACAUUAGACAGCGACGGCUGCAAAGCAGGACGUCAGUGGGGUGUACGGGUACAUUUCACGCUGUCUGAGUAAUGCGAGCAGCUACAUCAGGAAAUACGCGACACACGCAGCCUAUAUUCUAACGUCAAUGAAGAGUGAGAAGCCGGAGGACAGGGUGGGAGGAGUAUAAGUAAAAAGAGAAAAAAAUAUAUAAAUAAUCUGAAAAGAGCUGUGCAUAGAGACUGGCUCUUAGAGAGGAAACUCUAUGAGUAAAAUAAGAGAAACGCACAGCCACGGUUUGUUUUGAGUCUGAACAGUACUCGUAGUCAGCGAGACUUGUACGGCCGUGUGGCCAUUACAGUCUUUUCAAUUAAACCAAUUUGUGCAAAGCGUGCUUUGUAUAGGCUUAUAAUUCCAGUGAAUGCAUCGCCUUUAAAUUAGAAACAGUGUAGCAGCAGCAGCCAGCAGGCCUGGAAGACUGUGCAAAGUUGUUGGCGGUCAAAAUUGUUUAUGUGUGACAUUCGUCCAGGGCACCAGUGUAUAUUUACCUCAAAUUGAAUGCUGAUCACCGGAAAAUUAUGAAACGGCUCGUUGGUAAGACUUAUGUACUCCAGAUGACCUAAUCGAUUGAGGGACCUGUUUUGUUUUCAAUCCUACAUGCCAUAGUUAUACCAGCGCCAUUUACAAAACUAUUUUCUCAGGGCUGACGUACUAAACGUGGAUCGAGCUGUAGAAUGGCUUCAAUUAAUUUCGAUUCAGUGUUGGAAUCUUUGGGAGCCGAAGGUCGAUAUCAAACAGUUCUCUACUAUUUGUUGUGCAUUCCAGCCACAAUCCCGGCGGCUUUCCUUGCGUUUAAUCAAGUGUUUCUAUCAGCCACACCCGGUCAUUGGUGUCAAAUACCACAGCUGGCCAAUCUUACGAUAGAGAACCGCAAGGCCUUGGCCAUCCCGUUUGAUGGAACAAAAUACUCUUCGUGUACAAUGUACCACGUCGAUUACAAUCAAAUACUGCCAGAAACUAUUUUGGCUGGAAUCUGGCCGGCAAACACGUCACUCUCCCAGCCAGUCGUAGAUUCCACAUGGCCCGUUGUAAACUGCCUCUACGGUUGGGAAUAUGACAAGACUCAGUACGAUGCCACCUUAGUUACUGAGUUGAAUUUAGUUUGCGACAACAAGUGGCUGCCAUCUUUUUCAACGACCCUUUUCUACGUGGGGUCUCUUUUUGGAAACCUCCUCUUCGGCUGGAUCGCCGAUAAAUGGGGACGCAGAAUUUCUUUUUUGCUAAUGAUCUACAUGGCUGUUAUGCUGUCAAUUGCUACAGCCUUCUCGCCCAAUUACACCGUCUACAUGGUUUUUCGGGCAAUCAAUGGAUUAACCUUCCCAGCUUUGUUUCAGAUACCAUAUAUUCUUGUGAUGGAGUUGGUAGGCCCCGAAUUCAGGACGUUUGCUGGGAACGGAAUCAGCAUGUUCUUUGGUCUGUCACUCGCUCUACUUGCCGGCCUGGCUUAUUUUCUGCGACAUUGGUUCCAUCUCGCAUUGGCGACAUCGGUUCCAUUCCUACCACUUUUUGGGUAUUAUUGGGUUGUCCCAGAAUCUCCACGAUGGCUCCUUAGCAGAAAUCGAAUCGACGAAGCAGAGGCCAUAGUCCAGCACAUCGCUCGGAUCAAUAAACGAACCAUACCACCUAAUUAUUUACGAAGCUUACAGCAGCACCCGGACUUAUUGUUGCAGACGGAUAUCAACAUUAAGCUGUCAACGGAAGAACAACAGGAAAUACCUCGUCAUCCAUCGCAUCAGCCGAGCAAGGGAACGAUGUUGGAACUGUUGAGCUAUCCAAACAUGCGUCGUAAAUUUUACAUUCUGACUUUCCUGUGGCUUGCCAACUCAGUGGCGUACAAUGGCCUUUCGUACAACUCGUCGAAUCUUGGCGUAUCGGACACAUUAGCUUUCUUUAUCAACGCAAUCGUUGAAGCCCCAGCCUACGUCCUGACAUGGUGGGCAAUGAGCAGAUGGGGUCGUCGAUGGGUUACAUGUUUAACUAUGUUGCUCGGUGGCCUGGCCUGCUGCUGUUGUAUGCUAGUUCCAGAAGAUCCAUUAUGGAUUUCAGUCACGUUGGCGAUGAUCGGCAAAUUCGGAAUCGCUGCAUCGUUCGGAAUCAUUUUCCUUUACGCCAGUGAACUUCUUCCUACAGUUGUACGAAGUCAAGCUAUGGCGAUUGCAUCUUUUGUGGCCGGAAUAGGACUUAUUGCUUUUCCUUACAUAGUUUUCUUGGCAGUCUAUUCUCGUCUGCUACCCUUGUUGAUUAUGGGUUUGCUAGCAACAGCCGGGGCCCUGUGUUCAGUUUUGCUUCCAGAGACGUUGGGCGUAAGCCUACCACAAACUUUAGAAGAAGGAGAAGCCUUCGGUCUACGGCAUCGCAUCUGGAGUUGUCCAGCGGGUCGCAAAAGGAGAUGCCAAAAGGUUGACGGUGUUAAAAGUUCAGACAUCGGAAACGAAUCCUUGGUUCUUCUAGUGCCAAGCGAUGCAGCAAUUACGAACGCGGAAUUUUCUCAACAGCCGCCAUCAUCCACGUCUUGUAGUCUGUAAAGUCAUUCAUUUUUUUUUUUCUAUUCUUACAUUUUCAGUGACAUCAAAUCUCAUUGGGAUAUGUUUCUUUUCAUCAAUAUGAAAUAUACUAAAACAUAUUUUCAUUUAAA